AUGCUGUCGGAGAGGAAGAUGGAGCUGGAGCGCCGGGUGACCGCCAUGAUCGAGGAGAACGAGCUGCUGCAGAACACCGUGGACGACCUGCGGGAGCGGACGCUGGUGCUUGAGAAGCAGUGCCACGAGAAGGACCUUCAGUUGCGACAAAGCCAGCUGGAGCUUCAGGAGGUCCAGGUGUCCCACAGACAACUGACGGCUAAGUUGGCCGAGCUAACUGAGGAGCACAGUCUUCAAACUCUCAGCCCCCACCCGUCCAACCUGCUGUGUGAGAUAGAGCAGAGCAUGGAGCAGGAGGAGCAGGAGCAGGAGAGGGAACAGCUGCGUCUACAACUCUGGGAGGCCUAUUGCGAAGUCCGCUCACUCUGUUCCCAUCUCCGGGGAAACGAUGUCACAGACUCGGCACUCUCCACCGACUCCUCCAUGGAUGAGUCCUCGGAGACGUCCUCGGUCAAGGAUGUGCCUACAGGGAGCCUUCACACCAGCCUAUUAGAGCUACGGAGGUUAACACAGAAUCUGCUGGAUGGGAAUGAGUCUACGGGUUCACGGCGCAGUGAUGAGGAGGCACUAGAGGAGCAGGUGAGGAAGAUGGGAGAAGAACUGCAGGAGGUCAGAGAGCUUUAUGAAUCGGAGCAGCACAAAACACGCGGCAAUGAAGAGGAGCUGCUACAGAUGCACAAUCAGAUGGCGCUGCUCUCCAUUGAGAUCUGCUCUCUGAGGGAAGAGAACGAGCGAAUGAGGGCGAUGGCGGACGUCCGAGAACCCAGUGAGCAGCUCCAGAGCGCCAUAAGAGACCGAGACGACGCCAUCGCCAAGAAGAAAGCUGUGGAAAUGGAGCUGGCUAAAUGUAAAAUAGACAUCAUGUCUCUGAACAGCCAGCUUCUGGACGCCAUCCAGCAGAAACUCAACCUGUCACAGCAGCUGGAGGCUUGGCAGGACGACAUGCACAGAGUGAUUGACCAGCAGCUGAUGGACAAGCACCAGGACGAGUGGCGCUCGGUCCACGCCGCGCUGUCCGGAUCGUCGAGGAGUCAGUCCCCGAGGCGAGCUCGCCGCGUCUCUGAGCGGGACAAGAGACUUUUCUCUUUUUUCAAAAAGAACUGAGCCCUGUUGGAACUGGCCCUUAAAGCACAGCAGAGACACGCAGAGACAGACGCAGGUGAGGGAGAGUAUGGGUAAACAGCUCAGCCAAAGACAGGCGGUGGUAGACAGGCGCUGAUGUUGGGGGGGAGGUUCAGAUCAUUUUGCACUUUAUCUGUCCCAUUGCUCUGCUCCUUACUGAAAGGAAAUGAAUGAAGGUAAAAAAAAAAUAAAAUAAAAAUCAACACUUCCCCAGAGGCUUUGGCUCAGCAAUCCACCCUAAAGAGCGCUUUGCUUUCUGGUCUUACAGAACAGGACAGGGUCACAAAGUUUACCUCCACAGAGGAAGGUUUCCUUGUAGUGCCUACAAAACCCACUGCCAACUCUGUAGAGGUGGAAAACAAUGUUGAAGCGUUUCAGCAUGUACAGUAUGCAUCUCAGUUAUCAGGCCGAGGAGUCUGGGGAAAGGCAGAAGUUUGAAGUAUUAAGGUAGAGCUCAGAGUGUAAAGAGAAGUUCUGGCAGUGACAGAGUAAACACAACGAUGGGGAGUCUCUCAGGUUUAUUCAUGUGUCAGGGGAAAAAAAAACGGACGUGAACGUGGCGUGUUCAACACAACUGGAAAAGGUCAAUUCUCAAAUGAAAGAAUAUAAAUGGAGGGGAUGACUAACGGGCACUGUGAUGGACUGGUGACCACUGGAGAUAGGCACCAGCACUCCUCCUGACCCCACUGGGGACAAGAGUGUAUGAUAAUGGAUGGGUGGACAGACUUAUGGGCAUUUUAAAAAUGCAGUUCUAAAAAUGUAAAAAAAAAAAAAAAUGAAAAAAAUUAAAGAAACCUCUGACCACCUUAGCUAUUGUAGCUAGUUGCUUUGUUUGCAGUAGAUCUCAGACUGAGUUUCUAAGUGCAACAACUUUUUAUUUAUUCAUUUUUUUUGAACAAACAGCCAGCCUGAUAAAAACCAGCCCCUUCUCCUACGUUAUUUGCUAAGUACAGAAGGUCUGUUGAGAAACGCUUCCUGGACUGUGUUGAGGUUUUAUAUUUUGCAAUUAUUGGUUUACAAUUGGUUUUUACAAUUAUUGUUUAAUUUCUAAGGUUGCACUCUUGCGUCAGAUAAUCUAAAUCAAUGUUGGGGAAUAAUUAAAACUUAAGAUUUACAACAUCUUGAUUAGCGUUCAUAGCCGGGGCUGAACCCAGAUGUUACACCAAGAACUGUAGCUAAAAUUCUAGCAUUUCCGUGGUGGACAUACAGCGUAGUAGUAAUAACAUAUUCACAAAAUGUAAACAAUAUGUUGUGGCAAGACGUCUGUCAGUCAUUAUGAACCAUGUGAGACAUGACGUGAACAAGGUUGUGAGAAGUUAGCCCUUUGGAGAGACUGGAUUUCCUCCUGACUGUUUGGCGCCAGUUUUGUUGAAAAUUUCACAAAUUGUAAUACAUUACUUUUAAUUUGUGUUUUAACAAUUUUAUUGUAAACACCAGGGAGUACUUAGCCACACUAGUCCAUCUAAACCAGUCAACAGCCCAAAGGGAACGUGAAGCCAGCCAGCCAGCCUCCUGGUGAAAUUCUCCGGCCUGUUAUAAUUUCUUUGGGAACAUAAAUAAUUUGUUUUAUUUUAAUUUCUUAGUUCUUUUGUAUUUAAAAAAACAUUCUAAUGAAUUUCCGUCCUUUGUUUAAGAAUUUAUCAACAUGGCGUUGAAAUAUUCAGCUUAAAUAGGAUAGGAUUGGGUUGAAGCAACAGAAGGAAAACUAAAUUAAAAAAAGAACU